AUUUCUGAACAAAUGCGAAGUUGUUUUGGCGGGUUCGUGUAAUUCUGCCAAACAGUUCCAUAAUAAACAGCCCUGUGCUUGCUCGACUGUGCUUACUGUAGGCGGGUGAAUUGGAGAGCAGUGGGUGCGGAACAGCGCGCCAGUCACAGCAGCCAGAGAUACCUGAUUUAUUGCAUGAAUUCAGCGUUAAAGCUGUGUGUUGGUGCGGCGUGGAACACAAUGGUUAGAUUACUCUAUCUUCCCCGUCAGAUAUGCCAUGCAGGAUAACUUCCUCAUCUAUGCUCAGUGCGCUCAUGUUGCUCGGUGGCAUUACGCUCAGGCUGGUCGGAUGCAGGCUGCAGCUGGACUCUGCAGAGCAGCUUUUACAGAUGGCUCAGUCUCAGUCAGCUCGGCCUGCUCUCCCUCCCUCUUCAUCCCUGACAGGGACGCUUCAGGUCAGUGGAGAUCUGAAAAGCAGAUGUUCCAGCUGUGUGACCGACGGGCGGCACAUCCCCGCUUCCUCUUUUUGCUCCAGGAAGCGAAGCGAUCUCAGCCAUCAUUUGACGCUGCACAGCGAUCUACAACAAUAGGAAGUAAUGUAGUUUGACCUCCAGGAGGCCAGCACGUCUCGGAACACUUUAAAUGUGAAGGAACUCAGCUGGUUUUUUUGUUUUCGUUCAGACAGAGGACGGUAUGGAGAGGAGGAGAACACGGCUAAGGGCCAUGAGUGCUGAAGAGGAGGACAGGGACAGAAGAACCAGCUCAAGGAAUAGAAAGAGGGCAAGAUAUGCCGAGGAUGAUGUUGAUGAGGAGGACGAGACGCAGGAAGAAGAAGAUGAGGAAGACAAUGAGCAGCCGUACCCAUCCGCCCAGAACAGCCACAGUCAGAGGAUGCAAGAAAAUAAAUCGAUGCGAGUGCUGACUGUAACCUGUGGAAACAGAAGCGGUGUCCUGGACGUGGAGAAGCUAGAGAAGGGACAGCGCUGCAUCAUGUGUAAGGACCGCUGGUUUUCUCCCCCUGCCUUUGAGGACUUUGGGGGGAAAGGCUCCUGUAAAAAAUGGAAAACAAGUAUUUUCCAUGACAACAAGCCUCUGCAGUUUUUGUUUGAGCAACGCUGCUUAACCACCACAGGAUAUAAAAGGAGAGGAAGUGAGACCACAAAGCAAAAGAAAAUCCGGCCAUCAAAUCGCCCAUCGACGAGCUCCUCUGAAGGGUCAGAAAUACGAUCUGCAGAAGAAGCUGAGGAAGAGUAUGUUACAGAUGAAGACUGGCAUGCAGGCAGAGAAGAACUGCUACUAGAGCCAGAGGAAGAAAGGGUAGGGGCUGAAAAUGGACGAGAGGUUGUAGACUCUGGAGUUCACGAGAGUAAAGAAGAGGAAGAUAAAAUGGAAAAGGGAGAAAUGGAAGAUGAGGAUUCUGUUGCUGAUGACGACAGUGUUGACGACAGUGAUGAAGAAAGGGAGGCAAAAUUGCGCAUUUCAACACCUGAGAGACGUGUAUUGCAGAAGGAAGUAAAAGUUAUCAUCCGAAGGCUUCCACAGUUUCAGGUACAGAGUGAUUGUCAGUCCAACUACAUGGCGGAUCCACUCGGAGACAGUUGCCGUUGGCCAUUGGAUGAUCAUGCACUAUCUGAAGAGAAGCGAGAACACGCUUCAGCAAUAGAUGACACAGCAGCCAUAGACACUGAUUCCUCAGAGAUGUCAGACCCACCUGAUGGUGCAGAGGAAGAAAAUGAAGAGGAGUCCACCCGAAGUAACAGAAGGAAAAGCGAUAGACAGACAGAAAUCAAAACUGAAACACAAAACUCUCCAGCACCUGGAUCUGGAUCAGCCGCUUCAUCCCAAGACGUCAAACCUGAAACUGAGGGCAUCGCAGCAAGCGGCAGUCCCCCUGCCAUCCUCAGUUCCUCCAUUGGGCUUGUUGGCAACAUGAAAGACGACUUGGAGGAGAGAAAAGAAAGGGGACAGGAGGGGAAGGAAAGACAGUCGAGAGAGAUGGGGCCUGAAAUACAGACACAUCUUGACAUGUCAAGAUCUGAAGCCAGUGGUCAACCUUCUGCACCUGGAAAUACCAGUGAUGCUGCCACAGUGCCUGUACAGAGAUGGAUUAAGGAAGAAAGCACAGAGGCAAUGUGGAAGUUUUUCACAAGCUGUGUUGGCCCUCCCACUAAACCCCAGAGUGUGCUGGCUCAGUGUAAAUAUGAGAACACAGCCGCCUCCACCUCUGGACAUGAAGCAGCACAAUUACAAGCGGUGACACCAGAGAAAAGGGUUCCCCAAACAGCCCGAACCCCAGACAUCACUCACACCUCCUACAAGGUGGAGGCUCCAUCCUCGAGGCCCUCCAAUAGCUGUGAUCUGGAUUCAAUGGACCUUGAUCAGCUGAGGAGAGAGAAGAUAAAGAUGCAGAUAAAAGUCUUGAGGUUACAAGAGGAAUAUUACACUCAGAAAUUAAAGGGACAUAGAACAUGAAAUGGUUUCAUUGGGGUCUGAUUGUGAAGCUGACGGUUGCAGGACAAAACAAUCACUCAGGGAUCGCUGAGGGUGUUUACAGGUGCAUCAGAAUACUCCAGUCAAGAACUGCCUGUUGACAACCUCAUCACUUCCAUCUGUGUCUCAGUGGAGAGCAGAGGGGUUUACUCACCGUAAACCUGAACCAACAAAAACAGAACUGAGAACUGAAUCGAGUUUUUGUGGCGAGUUUUAAAGAACUUUGACAGUGACAUCAUGUUCAUGUUUGAUUUUGUUGUUGAUGAGCAAUUUUUGUUGUUGUUUAUUUACAGAAUCUAGCACAACUUUCUGUGAAAUGUGCAUGCAUGUCUCUCUCUGGACAGCAUCUCCCAGCACAUAUUUUACAGGUCUGUCAUCAUUAUGGAUCUUAAAGAUGACAUCAAGUAAAGAACUUAUGCCAGUUUAAGAGGCAUGUGAUGAAUUUGGACACAGAUAUCAAGCUGAUCUCAGUCCUUUUUGCUUUUCUGUCAAAGUAAGUAAAUGAUUGUACAACUCUGGAUAAUAUAAUCUGAUUUAGACUUGGAGGACAUACGGGAGCUGUGGUGACAGUUGACCUUGCCUGUUUACAGUGUAAUGUAUGAAACCAACAUUCAGGCUAUUAGGUAAUUAUUUUAUAAUUACUCUAUUUUUACAUUAUUUCAAUAAAUUCAGAACACUUUUGCUGAUCUUUGUUACCAUUUUUUAUUUCUUUAUUUGCUACUCCUUGUCUAUUUUGCUCUUAGUGUGGUGCUGAGCAGGUACCCGGUUAAAUUUGGUUGGGUUAGUUUUUACGUCUACCACAAUCUGACUCUGCUCCU